GCUGGCGAGCCGGGGCGCGCUGGCGGCGGCCGAGGAGAAGGAGGAGGAGGCGGGCGGGAGCCAGCCGCCGGCCGCGCCGCCGCCCCACAAGAGGAUGAAGAAGCGGAAGGAGCUGAACGCCCUCAUCGGCCUGGCCGCCGACGGCCGCAGGAAGAAGCCCGCCAAGAAGGGCUCGGGCCACCGGCUGCUGCGCACCGAGCCGCCCGCCUCCGACUCCGAGUCCAGCUCCGAGGAGGACGAGUUCGCAGGGGCGCGGGGCCGCUGCGGAAAGGGAGACUACCUGCGAUGCUGCAGGUUCUGUUACCCUUUAUGUGCGUUUGUCAUUCUCGCUGCUUGUGUGGUCGCGUGUGUUGGCUUAGUCUGGAUGCAGGUGGCUCUCAAGGAGGAUUUGGAUGCAAUAAAGGAGAAGUUUCGAACUAUGGAAUCUAAUCAAAAGACAUCAUUCCAAGAAAUUCCCAAACUAAAUGAAGAUUUGGUGCAGAACCAAAAGCAGCUAGAACAAAUUGAGACUGGAGAACUGGGGCUGAGUAAAAUUUGGAUAAAUAUCACAGAGAUCAAUAAACAGAUAUCACUCUUGACCUCAACAGUAAAUCAUCUCAAAAACAAUAUAAAAUCUGCUGCUGACCUGAUUUCUCUUCCUCUCACAGUAGAGAAACUUCAGAAGACUGUAGCCAACAUAGGUAGCACCCUUACCAGUGUGGCUCAUGAUGUUGAAAAUAUACAGACAGCCAUUGAGGAAUACAAGAAAUCCAUAGAAGUACUCCAGAAUGAUGUGAAGGAAUUAAAACAGCUGCCUUCACUUCCCUCCACUGUUGUGCCAAGGACUGAGGGAAAUCAGACAGAAUACUGCAAAAAGGAAAGCCAGGCACUGCAUGCAGCUUUGGAACAGCUAAAUAAUACUGUGGUGGUGUACCAAAAGCUGAAUGACAUCAAGCUUCUAAAUGUGGAUUCAGCCAUUGGCAACCUCAGCCGGAAAGUUACACUGUUGGAAAACUCUCCCCUGGUUGUGAAAAAUCCGGACAAAAGAGAGAACUCAUCCACCAUCCUGGGGAAUAAUGCAACUACCUCUCUAAAAAUGGAAAAUGAAGAUCAACUAGAUGGUGAAACUCAGUCAAAUAAAGAACUGAAGGAAGCAGGAACUAGAGAUCCUCAGGUAUCAAAACUAAAAGAGACUCUUCAGCUGAUCAGUGCUCUCACAGGCAAGUCAGAAAAUGACAGACCUAUUGAGGCAUCAAAGAAUGUUGAGAGUAGUCAGAGUACUACAGCAAAGCCCACAGACCUUUCAAGGGUGGCUUCAAGGUCAGCUGGUGACAACACAGAGAGAAAUGGGCAGCUGAGCCAUCUGUCCUUACCAGGAAUUUCCAGCAUUGAAGAUCUUCAGAAACUGUUUGAAAAAGCACCUGCGGAUGCUGAUGGAAAACUCUCAUACAAAGACCUUCAAAAGCUGUUUGGCUCCACAGCCCAAGAAUCACAGAGCUUUAAGGAGUUUGACACAGAUGGAGAUGAGAAAUACACGCUAAAAGAACUGAGAUUAGCAUUAGGUGUAUAGGGUGUAUGUUUAGAAAUGUGAUAUUGGUGGACGUUACUGUAGCUAAAGGAAGCUACAGGACAUGAAAAACUAUGGCUGCACUUUCCCAGUGUUUUACUGAUCUUUGGAGCUAAAUUACUGUACACAUUGCCACCUCUUUUUUUCAGUUGCAUUUAUUGAAAGGAAAUUUACAAAUUUAUAUGUCGAUAGGACAUAAUAUUGGGACUUUAAAAUCCAGAAAUUCCCAAACUUGGAAACAUUUUCCUCUCGUUAUUUCCUUUUCAAGGGAGAUAUUGCUUAUAAUUUAAAAUGUGUACAUACUAAAAUAAAACUAUGGUUUUAUAUUUCACUGAAAUUUGCCUUAAAUUAGAGAGCUGCACUUUAUGUAGAGCAGAAGGAAAAUCUGUCUUGUGAAGAUGGGCUGCUUCUGCUUGUAAAUAUUUGAGAUAGAGUAAAUUAUGCAUAUUUAAGGACAAGUUGUGUCAGGGGCUGUGUUGGUAGUAAGCUGUUUAUAAUGAGAGACUGAGCCUGGAAUGAGGUUUAAGAGAUUCAGCUAAAUUUUUGAUUUUUACUAACUAUAUCCAUGAAUAAAUCUGGCCUCAAUCAGAGGAGAGCAGGAGGGGUAAGUCAUGCCCAUCUAUAGCAGGAUGUGUUUUUGAAGGGAAGAGUUGAAAGUGUUUUUAUAUCAUGAGCCUACAGGAGCAAUUAACUUGCCGAGUGCUUGAGUUUUCACUUCAGCGUUGUUUAGGCUUUGCUGCGUUGCAUUCAGAUUAUAUUUUGUGAGAUGAGCCUGUCUAUUUAUUUUUUUUAAAUGAACAUAUUAAAUAGCUUUAAUAGAUGCUUAAGAGGUAAAAGCCUACAGUGCAGCCUGCUGAGCAGCACCUGAGCAGUUCAUAUCUCAGCGGUGCUCUGCUACACUCCAGGAGUGUGAGCGGGUGGGAAGGCCCAGAGAACACUUGUGAGCUCUUUCCUGACUAUUGUGACCGUGAUCCCUUCUUGGUACCUUUAUUUUUUGUCUCCUUGCCAACAGAAGGAUGUAAAAAGCUGUGUAGGCAUGUGCAAUCGCAUCAUCAUUCUGUACUGACACAUGGUUUGUAAGUGAGGUUUCCUUACUGGAGGAACUUAAAAGAUCUGUUCAUAGUAGUGGAUCUAAACACAGAACAUAUUAAAAAAUAUUUUUGCAGAGGGGAUUCUCUCUUACAGGCUAGAUCAGGGCCUAGUUGGGUAAUUUUGCUCACAAAUAUCACUGAUCUUGUUAAGAGUCUUUUGCAUGAUUAGUGAGUUGGAAUUGCCCACCUCGCUGAAACAGCAGCUUAUGAGGAAGUCAGUUCAUAAUUGUUGACUUUUAUAUAACUUUAGACUGGAUGUUUUAUCAAUGAUUGUAUUUUGGAAGUAUGAAUCAGCAAAGGAAUGUACAAAUUGGAGCCCUGUUACCCAUUUCCUAGGCUUCUUUCACUGUUGCUCUUCUAUCCUGUUUGGGUAAUGCAGAUGCCACCCAGUACCAAAAUGCUUUUGAUGUGACAUUUGAAAACGCCGUAUUUAAAAACAAAACAAAACCAACCACCCUUGGCUUCAGAGAGGACAAGAAGCCAACACUUGCUUCUUUCCACUUCCCAUACCCUUUUAUACAUUACUGUAUAAAUCCUUAACCAAAUAAAGAAAAAAAGCAAUACAAUGUAA